AUGCGUAUAAGCUGUCCUGGAUUUCUCGAUCGCCAUGGUAUCUGGAAUAAUGGUUUCGAUUGUCCGUCAUCUUCUAAUGGUCCUAUACGCGCGUGUUGUGGUACAGAAAAUGAACGUUAUUGCUGUGUUCCUGAUGACGAUGAUCAAACAAGCCAUAACAACAACGAUAAUAUCUAUUUUUCAAAUAAACAUAAAUCGUAUCAAACACCUUUCCCAUCAUCAACAUUGAAAUCCGUUACCUACUCAUCAACAGCAUCAUCGAAUGAUCGUUUUUCUAAUCAUGUCUCAUUUUUAACUGGUGCAUUUGGUCUAUUGAUAUGUUUUCUCAUCUGUAUUUUAUUUAUGUAUUUGUAUUUUCAAUUUAUUCAAAAUCGUCGCUCUGUUAAACAAAAGCAACCACCGAAGACGAGAAAAAGCUUGGUAAAACAACAAAUUCAACAACAUGAUGGUCUGUUAACAUUUACAACACCUCAUGCAUUACCAUAUCGGAAUAUGGCUUAUUUAACAACAACAUCUUCUGCAUCAUCUGCCUAUCGUUGUUCUCAACAAAACCGUAUAUCAACGGUCUCAAGUGGAACGGGAAAAUCUUCUUCAUCACGUACAGACACAUCAAUUUGUGAUAUUACACCAUUAAACUUAUAUCCAACAAUGACAACAUCAUCGAUGAUAAGAGAAAAUGAUCAGACAAACCAACAGCAACAACAACAUUUUAAAAAUACUACUAUAUCAUCGCCAUCUUCCUCAUCUUGCUAUGUUUUUCCAAGUGAAUUGGAAUAUUUCUAUCCUAAAUAA